UCCGUGGGGCUGAGGUCAUAAUGAUUAAAAUGGCGACGCCGCAGUUGGUGGGGUUACCGGCUUCUCUUACGGGCAAGAUCAAGGGAUCUUUUGCAUAUAAUACAAUUAAAGACAGGCUGCCUCUUAUCCUGACUCGUGUUAUUGAUACUUUACAUCGACAUAAACAUGAAUUCUUUGAAGAACAUGGAGAAAAAGGCAUUGAAGCAGAAAAGAAAGCUAUAGCCUAUCUUUCCAAGAUGCGAAAUGAGUUGCAGACAGACAAGCCGCUGAUCGCAUUGAAUGAUAAUCUCCCUGAUACCCUUCUGUGGAACCAGUACUUAGAAUAUCAUAAAAAUGUAUCAAAUGAACCACCAAGCUGGUUUCAAUCUCCUUGGUUGUAUACAGAGUGUUACAUGUAUCGUAGAAUUCAUGAAGCUGUUAUUCAGAGUCCACCCAUCAGCAACUUUGAUGUAUUUAAAGAAGAAAAGAAUCAUGCUUUCUUUGAAUCUCAGCAAGCCAUGAUUGUUUUAAGUUCUUGUCUCCAAGAGAUGCUAAAAAAUAUAGAUGGCUUAGAUGAAAAACGUUUAAAAGAGGAAUUUUGUAACCUAAUUCAGGUUUCAUUAUGGGCCAAUAAGUGUGAUCUAUCCAUUUCAGCUGGAGCGGAUAAUUCUCAGAAGUCUGACCCAUUACAAUCUGUGGAAGAAUUAAAAAAAUUCAUCUUGGUGAAUCACAUGGAAAAACUUUGGUCACUGCUUAUAAACAAAAAGAAAAACAAAACACCAACUAGACUUGACAUAAUCCUGGAUAAUGCUGGUUUUGAACUUAUUACUGAUCUUGUUUUGGCUGAUUUUUUGAUAUCCUCAGAAUUGGUUACUGAAAUCCAUUUCCACGGGAAAAGCAUUCCAUGGUAUGUGUCAGAUACUACAAAGCAUGACCUGGAUUGGACAAUUGGACAGAUGAAAGCAGCUAAUCAUAAAUGGAUGGCUAGAUGUGGUGUCUCCUGGGAGGGCUACCUGAAAAAAGGUGUUUGGAUUUAUCAUGAUCACAUGUUCUGGACUUUGCCACAUGAAUUUUCUAGUAUGGCUCAGAUUGCUCCAGGUUUAUACACUGAGUUACAAAAAUCAAGCUUAAUUAUUUUCAAAGGUGAUUUGAACUAUAGAAAGCUAACAGGUGAUCGAAUGUGGGAAUUCACAGUGCCAUUCCAUCAAGCCUUGAACAAUUUUCAGCCUGCACCACUCUGUAGCUUAAGGACAUUGAAAUCUGAUACUCAGGUUGGUUUGAAACCUGGGCAAGGUGAACAGGUCAUGAAUAUUGAUCCUGAGUGGAUGAUAAGUGGUAAAUAUGGAAUAAUUCAGUUUGAUGCUACUUCCUGAUAGAUUUGCAAGAUAUGAAGAAUGGCACUGUGCUAAAAACCAAUUAAUGGUCUAAUCUGGAAGGCCACUAAUUUUCAAUGUGCACUAUUUUCUUCCAAGAGCCAUGCUGUUAUUUUAAAGUGAUAUGCAAUUGUGACCUCUUUUGAAUCAUCAGAAAAGAUCAAAUUUGUCCUCUACCAUACUUUAUUUUUAACUAAUAUAGAACAAGAAGCAACAGCCAAAGCUACUACAUUAGUUGACAUGUGUUUGAUUCUGCUGUGUUAACAUAAAACACAAUGCUGCUUGAGCUUAAUCUUGUUCAGAAAAAAAAUGAUGUUAAAUAAAAUGACAUCUCAAAUGGCAAAACUAAAGGCUUUGAAUUAAAUUAUCCAAU